GGAACGCCAGCCAAGACCAACGCCACUAGCUGUGAUUACUACAGCCAGUUCGAGUGUGACGACGGGACGUGUAUCACGAAAUACUGGGUCUGCGAUGGCUACCGAGAUUGUCCCUACGGCGAGGACGAACGAUGGCUGUACGACCUGGACCACCUCGGAAACUACAACCACACGCCGAUACACAACACCAUACCCAACUACAACAGCAACAUGGCCGUAUCGUACCACAACAACACCAUACCCAACAACAACAACAACAGAGCGGUAUCCUACAACAACAACAACAGAGCGGUAUCCUACCACAACAACAACAACAACAGAGCGGUAUCCUACCACAACAACAACAUACCCAACAACAACAACAGAGCGGUAUCCUACCACAACAACAACAACAACAGCGCGGUAUCCUACCACAACAACAACAUACCCAACAACAACAACAGAGCGGUAUCCUACCACAACAACAACAACAACAGAGCGGUAUCCUACCACAAACAACAACAACAACAGAGCGGUAUCCUACCACAACAACACAAUACUUCACCACAACACCACCAUACCCUACGCCAUGCGAGUACCCGUACGACAGCCUGGGCGACCGAUGCGUCUUCGUGGACCCGGUCCUUCGGGCCACGUGGGACGAGGCGCGGUACAUCUGCGGGAGGGCCGGUGGGGGGGACCUCGCCAUCCUGGACUCGAUGGACUUCUACAGUGAGCUCGUCCACUACAUGAAGACCAAUGGACUAACUCGACACAGCUACUGGAUCGGGGGCAGGGGCAUGGUCCACAAUAGCAAAUGGGAAUGGUCAAGUGGGUCUGCAGUCCACAUGGGCACUCCGCUUUGGGCACUCAACGGCUCGAGCCCCGGCCAAUACGAACAGGAACCAGUCGACUUCUACAAAUCCCUGGAAAAUUGCGGUUACUUAGACUUCGAGCGAUUCCACUACAUGGACGAUGACGACUGCAAUGAAAUUAAAGCCGCUAUUUGUCAAUUACCAGCCUGGAAAGAGUCCCUUCCGGACGCGCCCGCAAUCGCACAAGAUGAACCAGUCCAGGUUCCAGCAUCUGAUGGAAAAUCGCCUGAUAAUGAAGCAACUCAAACUGAUGGAGUUCCAGAAGAAUCACCUCGUGGCGACGAGCCAGUCCAGGAUCCAGAAACCCUCAAAGAAUCAUCUCAAGGCAAAUCGAGACUACUUCCAGCAACACUUGAGGCGUCACCUGCUGUUGAUCCAGACCGGACUGCACUAGAUUCUGGAAGCUCAGGGAGCUCGCCUGGAAAGGCGGCAGCUACUAAUCGCGCGUGGUGUGACUACCCUUACGACCUGGUGGGUGGUCGUUGUGUCGUGAUUGACCCUGUGCUGAGCGCCACGUGGGAAGAGGCCCGUUAUAUGUGUGAAAGAACCGGUGGAGGGGAUUUGGUUGUGCUCGACUCGAUGGAUUUCUACAGUGAGAUUAUCGACUACAUGAAAGAAAACGGUUUGGAUCGCCACGACUACUGGGUGGGGGGAAUAGGAUCGAUCUCCGGACGCAGGUGGCAAUGGGUGAGCGGAUCUACGGUGCUGGAUGGCACUCCUCUCUGGGCACUCUUGGGCACUGAUUACGACGGUUACGAACAGGAACCGACGUACUUCGAGGAAUCACUGUCCAACUGCGGCUACCUAGACAGGGAACGUUUCCACUUCAUGGACGACGCCGACUGCCAAGGGCUCAAGGCGGCUAUAUGCCAACUCCCAAAUUGGUCCAAGGGCGCGGCUACCGAGAAGGGCGUCCAGGAAGUGAAGGAACCCGACGCAGAGAGAGCCAAAGAGCUCCAGGAAAUCGCCAAGUCCAAACAUAAACAAAUCUAAAGGCUGGCUGUCCACCAGGAGCCAGGCUGAGUGACUAAAUAGUGUUACUUUUUAGUGGCUGGGUGACUAGGGAAUGCUACUUUAGUGGCUGAGUGACUAAAGAACGUUACCUUAGUGGCUGAGUGACUAGGGAAUGCUACUUUAGUGGCUGAGUGACUAAGGAAUGUUACUUUAGUGUCUCAGUGACUAGGUAAUGUUACUUUACUGGCUGAGUGACUAAGGAAUGUUACUUUAGUGGCUGAGUGACUAGGGAAUGUUACUUUAGUGGCUGAGUGACUAGGGAAUGUUACUUUAGUGGCUAAGUGACUAGGGAAUGCGACUUUAGAAGCAGAGGAGGAAGAAUAAAGUUAAAGAAACAUAGAAA